CAGGCUCUUAUCACAAUUGCAAAAUGGCGGUCUAAAAAGUUUUAUAUCAAAUUCUUCAGUAAAGCCGCAGUUUUUGCAAACUCACCAUGAUUUAAUAAAGUUGAGAGACUGUCUAUAUUUGGAAUAUGAAUCAGGUUAACUAUGUGGGAAGGAGAGAUAAAUAAUGGGCAAAUAUACAGCUCGCAAUAUGUAAAUCACGAACAAGACACAAACUUCAAUUUGUAUAUGGGGCCAAAUGGUAAUAAUUUGCAACAGUUUAAUACAGGUGACACUUUGAAUCAUUUUCUUGGACAAUUUGAAAACAACGCUUUAUUUGCGCCACAAAUUAUGCAACAUUCACGUUUUCAAAAAUGUCAAGAAUUCUACCGAGUGGGUCGUGCAGAAAUUAUCAAUACAAAUAUUGUCCCACAGAGUCAGUAUGGAGCUGUCGUGAGUCAUCAGGGGAAUAAUAUUGAAGUUGAUCAGGAAGCAAUGUUUAGGUCAACAGGAUUACCAUAUGGAAAUAUAGGGAUCACGAGCUAUGGCCAGAGUGACGUUUUCUGGUAAGGUGACAACAAAUAGAUUUGGUCAGGGAUUGCUGGUUUUCCUAUCAUAAAGGAAGAAGUUUUACUGCAUGGGUUAUUACCACGAUCUUUACAACAGUCAUCUGUACAACCAUCAGUAUCAUCACCAUCAUUAACACCACCACUAUUAUCACCAUGCCCACCACCAUGAUUACCAACAUCACCAUGACCACUACCAUCACCACCAUGAUUACCAACAUCGCCACCACCAUGACUACUAUCAUCACCAUGAUUACCAACAUCACCAUGAUGACUGUGAUCACCACCAUGAUUACCAACAUCACCAUGAUCACCACCAUGAUUACCAACAUCACCACCAUGAUUACCAACAUCACCAUGAUGACCAUGAUUACCAACAUCACCAUGAUCACCAACAUGAUUACCAACAUCACCACCAUGAUUACCAACAUCACCAUGAUGACCAUGAUCACCACCAUGAUUACCAACAUCACCAUGACCACUACCAUCACCAUGAUUACCAACAUUACCACCACUAUCAUCACCAUGAUCACCACCAUGAUUACCAACAUCACCAUGAUGACCAUGAUCACCAACAUCACCAUGAUCACCACCACCAUGACCACUAUCAUCACCAUGAUCACCAUCAUGAUUACCAACAUCACCACCAUGAUUACCAACAUCACCAUGAUCACCACCAUGAUUACCAGCAUCAGCAUGAUUGCCACCACCAUGACCAUUAUCAGCACCAUGAUCACCAAUGCCAUGACCACAGCUAGUCAUCGUCACCACCAUGAUAUCAUUGUUUGUUUAUAUAUUUUAGCAACUUUGACAAUAUUCAUGCAGUGAAAAGGAAGGCUGAAGAAGAUUAUAGGUACAAACAUUUUCCUAUCAUCACCAUGGAUAAAUUGAAUAAUUAGACCAGUCAGUCAGUGCUAAAAGUAAAACUGUUGUAAUCUUUCCAGUCCAUUGUACUGUGGAACAAAACGCAGGAUCACAGACGAGCACAUGGCAACAGGAAUGAACAGUCUUUACAUCACUAAUGAUCAUAAUUAUUGUGGCAGCGCUGCAAUGUUUAAUCCUAACGAUGACCUCAAUAUGCAGUUCAGCACAAUAUCAGAUGAUGACAUGCAGGAUAAUGAAGGAAAUAUUGAGGAUAAUGUUGAUCGGGAGAAAAGGUAUGGCUAGGAAAUAAAAGCCUUUUCUAGACUAAUAUUCAAAAAAAUUUGGAUUUGUCUGUAGGUUUCAUUUUUUGUUGUCUUUAAGGAAAGAGCGUCCUGUCUUUCACUUUACUGCACCUCUGGAACAAAUGUUGAAAAGGAAAAUUAACAUACUUCCACCUAAAAUCAUUCAAGAAAUGUAAGUGCUGUUACUAUAUAUGUAACCCAAUUCACAUUUUCAGAUAACUCACAUGGGGGGCCUAUUAUAGUUUCGCGGUUAUGCGGUUUUAGCCAUAUUUUGAGGUCGGAUUUCGGUUAUAUCCAGUUAUUUUGUACGGUUUGCGGUUAACUGGAAAUCGUGCGGAGACGGAAAAUGUCGAAAUUAGCCCUCCGGAUUCGGUUAUUGACCAAAAUAAAUCGCGGUUUUCGGAUAGUUUUUAACACGCGGUUAGGAAAUAUUUUACAAGCUCAUGGCAAUAAUUCAGUUCAUGGCAUUCACUCUUCCGAUCGCGCGCGUGUGCUGUUUCACUGCAGGGCCUCGAAACGGACGAAAUCAAAUGGGCAAAGUGGCCGGGCUAUUAGUAAAAUCAGGAACACGGAACACCGGAACAGCAUCAUUCCGGAAUACGGAACACCAGAACACCAAAAAUUCUUAAUUUGUUAAAAAUUCGAGGAAAAAAAUUACCGGGGGUUGUAAAAUUCAGUUGCAGGGAAAAUUAUUCCGUAAAAGUAAAACAUGCCUUUAAAAUAGUCUGACUUGCCGAUUGCUUCUAAUUACGAUUUGAAAUCAGUCUCAAAGUAAUAAAUAUUCGGCCCAAAAAGAUGAAAUCAAACCUAAGCAACUUGAUUGCAUGUUUCUCGCACACAAAACAUAAGCAGUGAUGGAAGGAAAACCUUUUUAUAGCUAUUUGAACUGCUAAGACUUCGUACUUAUACUACCAAAUUCGCGUGAAACCUGUGAACGGCUCCCUCUUCAACACUCCAAUAGAAAUGGCGACUACGUACUGACUAUUGGACCAGGUCUAUUGCCUCACAUUAUGUUGCGGCAGUGGCGUGCUGGCAGGGGGGGGGGAGCUGGCAAUUCUUGGGGGGCGCAAAAAUGUAAAGGGGGUGCCGAUCCCGCGCCGAAUUUUGAAAGUGGGUGGGAAGAAACGCAUUCGAAAAAAUAUAGUUACUUCCGCCAAGAAAAGAUGUGUUUAUACGCUUAUAAACAGACUAAGCGCAUAGGCGAGAAAGUGAUAUAUUAAAUUACAGACUAUUUUGUCUAACCGUAUUUGCUAAUUUGCUACCUCACGGCUCACACGAAAUCGUUCAUAUAGAAACAUGACAUAAUCAGUGAUCACACGCAAUGUCUCAUUACCGGAAUAUUGAUCAGGUUUCGAAGCGAUCACGGGAAUUAUGCCCUUUUUUGCUGGUGUUAUACCCUUAUAUUAUGCCCUUUAUUAUGCUUCACGAAUCACGAGAGCGGCGAAAAUUAGAUAGUUGAAGUUAUGAUAAUGUAAAGUUGUGUACGCAAUUUAGUUGUUUGCGCAAGAAACAUCAUGAGUAAUGUAAGUAAUGAAAUAAUGAUGAAACGGGCCCUUUUGGCAGCCAGGCAAGGAAACCUUAAAAUGCAUAUGCGUGGGUUCUGUGUGUUAUUGUAUAAAAGAGCUGUAAGUUGUAAAUGUAUUCAGAUCAGUAGAGAAUAGAAUUGGGAUUAGAUUAAUUGCUGGAGGUAGUUAACAUAUUGCCUAAUUUAAGUACUACUACUAAACUCUAACCAAAUUGCAAAUUUGACACGUUAUAAAUCGACACGUUAUAAUGCCGUUUCCUAACCAUUAGAUUUCCGUCAAAUCUUCCCCCAAAAUCCAGGAAAUGGCAUUUCAGAGACUCUAAAUUCAAAAAUUUUCCUGGUGCGCAUGUCCCCGGACACCCCUAGACAAACCUCACACCUGCAGCGCUCGGCUCGUGCCUUCGGCCCUCGUUUACCAAGCGUCACAUUAUAGGGCGCAUAUUGGUUGCCAGCCCACUGCCCCCCCCCCAGAAAAAUAGUACCCAGCACGCCACUGUGUUGCAUGCGGAAUAUACUAUUUUGCGAAAUAUGUUACAUAUGCCUCGGUUUGAACGCGGUUACGUUUAAAAGAGAAAUGAGUGCGCGGUUUGCGGUUAAAAUUUGAAAAACAGCGCGGUUUUCGGAUAUGCGUACCCCCUAUAAUAGGCCCCCCACAUGCCUAGUUACCACUGUUCUGAUAAUGUAAGCAUAGAAUGGAACAAAGAUAACCAAGUUUUUUUUAAUUAUAUGUGAGUGAAUUGAUAACUCGCAUGCUUAUAGUUACCAUUGUUCUGAUAAUGUAAGCAUAGAAUGGAACAAAGGUAACCAAGUAUUUAAAUUAUAUAUGUGAGUGAAUUGAUAACUCACAUGCCUAGUUACCACUGUUCUGAUAAAUAUUAUGUAAGCAAAGAAUGAAACAAAGGUAUCGCCCCAUGUAAGGGAAUCCAGAAUCCGACUCUUAAUAGCUUUGCAAUCCAGAAUUCAGACAUCCAGAAUCCAAACAUCGGAGGAUCCUUAUCAUGGUCCAAUUUUCCGAAAUCCAGAAUCCACAACCGAUCUGGAAUCCGGAAUCCAAGGAGUGUGGAAUCCGGAAUCCAAGGAGUGGAAUCCGGAAUCCAAGGAGUGGAAUCCGGAAUCCAAGGAGUGGAAUCUGGAAUCCAAGCAUAUGGUGUGCAUGUUAGCUGAUUAGGUCUUACAAAAGGGUUUACAUCCGCAUAUGCAGAGAUCUUAUUCGAUUAGUUGGCUAACUAGGUCUCCAUGAUUACAGCUGCAAGCCAUGCUUGGCUAUGGUUCCUUGGACUCCCCCACUGCAUGACAAAUCACAGAUCACUGAUGAACGCCAAGCAAAAAAAGUAUGUAAUGAUAACAUGUUAUAACUUGUGUUGGUAACAUUUUGGAUACAAUAAGUUAUUAAAGUUAUUUUCUGUAUUAUUUUCUUCAUAACCAGGUGGGAAAGAAGAGUUCCACACAGGAAGAAAAUGAAAUGGAGGAUGACAACUUCAUAUCAUAGAUGACAAUAGCCACAUUUAUAUUAGAGAUUGAUCAUCUGUCAAGAAGAAUCUUGUGUCAGAAUGAGCAUCCUGUUCUUCCAUCUAAAGAUGUACUAUCCAGAUGAACUAGCUAGAAUAACAUGAUCUACAUGUAUACUGGCAAUAGUUCUGGGAACAAAUCUUGCCUAGUAUAUUGUCUAAUGCCAUAUUUAUACAUGCAGCAUGCCAAACUACACAUUCGAUAGUUGCAGUUGAUUUCACAUGUUGCAAACUUUGUUCCAAAGUUUGUUGCGAAGUUCAGAAGUUUAUAAUCAUAUUCACAAGCCAUUUGUAAACAAUGCAUUUGAUUGGCUUCUUUUAGUUCAGGGGCCAAUCACUCGGCAAUCAGAGGCAUUGUUUACAAUCCAGUUUACAAUAAUAAUAAUAAUAAUAAUGAAUUUCAAUAUUUCAAUAUGAACUUUUGAAUGUCACAACAAAGUUCACAACAUUUAGGGAAAAGUUAUGUGAAAUCAACUGUAAUCUUACUGGAUAGUUCAUCUUUCUGAAUGUUCAGUGUUCACCAUGUUUCUACAAUACCAGAAACGUUCAUCGAACGGAUUAUCUUUUUCUCUAAUAUAAAUCGAGCCCAUAGAAUGAAGGUAUGAAAGCUAAAGCAUUUCAAAUUAAGUACGCAUAUAGUCGCUUGCAGCAUAGUUAAUAUAUAGCCAGUCACUGGGAUAAAAACACACAAACUCUAAUGUAUUUAAAAAGAUGGCGACAAUAGUGCAUCUAUUGCACUGGUCAUCUCAACACAGUUCCCACAAUCCAAGAGGAAACAAUAUUUUAUAAUUAACUACAAUCUGAGUUGGUGUCCUCUGAAAACUGCCUUUAAGUUAAUUAAAGUUUAGCAUUAAUAUAGUAAUGUCUCCUAGUUUCUUAACUGGCAAAACUGUCCGUAUAGUUUAGUGUAAUAGUGUCUCUUUUGUUGUCCGAACAAAAUUGUUUCUAAAGUUUAUUAAACAAUCUGGAAAGACAGAGAAUCAACAAUAUGGACAUGCCAAUCAUGUUGCCUUGCGGCCUGCCUUAAGAGCCCGAAGCCGACUAGCCAAACGUUCGGUGCUGCUUUUCUCAGUUUCCGAAGUAGUCUCAUCCCUGAACACACUUCCCUUCGAGGCCUCAAAUGCAGAGUCACUACUGACUGACGUCCCCCCAUGUGACCGGCCACUUUCACUCUGCGCAUAACUAGUACUUGGUGUAACAUUCUCUAAAGACCCACGUUGGGUCCCUUGUUUUGUCAUCUUUUUCAAUACUUGUACCAACGCAUUUGGCGAGACAUUAAUCUGAAUUAAGUCCAAAAGUAUUUGAAAUACAUCGGGGUCCAAUGUUACACCGCUCAGGUUACACAGCUCGUACAGUUCUUGUUCAACAUGGAAAUUGCCUCUCGGUUUUAGCCGUUCAGCGCCUCGGGAAACGUUUACACGAUAAAGGUCUGUUGUUGAUUGAGAUUGGGACAUCUUGGUGGAUUAAAUGUGAGCGAGGUAAAAUUUUAGGUGUCUUUUCAAGCGUUGAAUUGUACAAUAAUUGUUAAAUAACUUUAACUUUUCAUUUCGGCCGCCAUUUUGUUUUGUGACGUGUGAUAAAGUUGGAUAUCUGGGGCAAAUAAGGGUAAAAAUUGGAUCAUGUUUAGCAUUUUCAUGGGCAGUAUAGGGUUUUAAGGGGACCGUUUGACGGAAGAGAUUAUUUCGCUGGCCAGAGUGACAAAACGCAACAAAGCAACGAUUCUACUGACAGGGGGGCCCUGACACUAACCCUACUCCAAACACCAACUCAUAAACCCUAACCUAACCCUACUCCAAAUUUGUUUCUAAACCAAUCUUAAAGAAAAAAGUUUUGACGAAAAAUUAAUAUCCCACGGGAGUUCCACGGUCUGUUUACAACGGGAAACUACAGUAGUACAGACUUUUACGUCUUGGAAAACGUCUGUAAAUGCAUGAAAACGAGGCUCUAUUAGGCUCUAUAGCUCUAUUAGGCUCUAUGCUCAGACUGACAAUUUUGCUCAGUUUGAGACAACAUAUUUUUUUCCGAAAUGUUUUUUUUAGAAAACUUUGACAUUGCUAGGAAACCAUGCUUCUUCGUUUUCCCCACCCUCUGGAAACAUAGCUGGGUCCUAGGAAACAAUUUUUUUAUUUACCUCUAAAAGUUUCGCCUCCGUGUGAUAGUAUAAUUUUAAUUUCUUUUCGUUUUUAAUAACACAGAAGGUUUAAUUAAUAAAAUAUUGAAAAACAUUUAGUAUAAUGUUAUAUAAACUUAUAGAAUUAAAAAUG